UGUAACCGAGCUUGGGCAGAGCAGGGCUGCAGAAAGCAGCCGAAACGGCGAGCCCGACUCCCAGGAGCAGGUGGGACCUCCUUUGGCGGGAGGGGAGUGGUGGCGGCGCUCAGCUCAGCAGGCGGAAACCUUCCCAUCGCCAGAGUCUCUGCCCCCGCGCGGGGCCCAGGCAGUGAGGCCGGAGGGAGCGGCUGGAUGGAGCGGAGGAUGAAAGGAGGAUACUUGGACCAGCAAGUGCCCUACACCUUCUGCAGCAAAUCGCCCGGAAAUGGGAGCUUGCGCGAAGCGCUGAUGGUCCCGCAGGGGAAGCUCAUGGACCCGGGUUCCCUGCCGCCCCCCGACUCCGAAGAUCUCUUCCAGGAUCUCAGCCACUUCCAAGAGACGUGGCUCGCUGAAGCCCAGGUACCCGACAGUGAUGAGCAGUUUGUUCCUGAUUUCCAUUCAGAAAACUUAGCUUUCCACAGCCCCACCACCAGGAUCAAGAAGGAACCCCAGAGUCCCCGCACAGAGCCGGCCCUGUCCUGCAGCAGGAAGCUGCCACUCCCCUACCACCAUGGCGAGCAGUGCCUUUAUUCCAGUGCCUAUGACCCCCCUAGACAAAUCGCUAUCAAGUCCCCCGCCCCCGGUGCGCCCGGACAGUCGCCCCUGCAGCCCUUCCCCCGGGGAGAACCACGGAAUUUCCUGAGAUCCUCUGGCGCCUCCCAGCCCCACCCUGGCCACGGGUACCUCGGGGAGCAGAGCUCUGUCUUCCAGCAGCCCUUGGAUAUUUGCCACUCCUUCACCUCCUCCCAGGGAGGGGGCCGGGAACCCCUCCCAGCCCCCUACCCACACCAGCUGUCGGAGCCCUGCCCGCCCUAUCCCCCCCAGAGCUUCAAGCAGGAAUACCUCGACCCCCUGUAUGAACAGGCAUGCCAGCCCUCGGUGGGCCAGGGUGGAGUCAAUGGGCACAGGUACCCAGGGGCGGGGGUGGUGAUCAAACAGGAGCAGACGGACUUCGCCUAUGACUCAGAUGUCCCGGGGUGUGCGUCCAUGUACCUUCACACAGAGGGUUUUUCUGGGCACUCUCCAGGUGAUGGGACCAUGGGUUAUGGCUAUGAGAAACCUCUGCGACCAUUUCCAGAUGAUGUCUGCGUUGUCCCUGAGAAAUUUGAAGGAGACAUCAAGCAGGAAGGGGUGGGCGUGUUCCGAGAGGGACCGCCCUACCAGCGCCGGGGGGCCUUGCAGCUGUGGCAGUUCCUGGUGGCCCUGCUGGAUGACCCGACGAACGCCCACUUCAUUGCCUGGACCGGCCGGGGGAUGGAAUUCAAACUCAUAGAGCCUGAGGAGGUUGCCAGGCUCUGGGGCAUCCAGAAGAACCGGCCGGCCAUGAAUUACGACAAAUUGAGCCGCUCGCUCCGCUACUACUAUGAGAAAGGCAUCAUGCAGAAGGUGGCUGGCGAGCGCUACGUGUACAAGUUUGUGUGCGAGCCUGAGGCCCUCUUCUCUCUGGCCUUCCCGGACAAUCAGCGUCCAGCCCUUAAGGCCGAGUUUGACCGGCCGGUCAGUGAGGAGGACACAGUCCCUUUGUCCCACUUGGACGAAAGCCCUGCCUACCUCCCAGAGCUAGCUGGCCCUACCCAGCCCUUUGGCCCCAAGGGUGGCUACUCUUACUAGCCCUGCCGCCGGUGGGGGCUGCCCUGUGUACAUAUAGAUGAAUUUGGUGUUGGGGAAACCCUCACUCUGAAACCCACAGAUGUCUUUGGAGCAGAUCCCCACUGGUCCAUCGGUCGCCCCUGCCCAGACUCUGAGCUGCUCACCAGAGUUGAUGGGAAGGAAAAAUGGAGAACACUGCAAGUGUCAAGGUGGGCUCUAGAAGCUCCUCCGGGGGUGUCACCUUCAGCCUCUUUCCAGGUCCUGCUUAGAGGCCCAAGCCACACUACUCUCC